CAGAGCCCGUGGAGGAGCCGCUUCUCCUCCGUGCCUGCGGCCUCCUGCUCCCACAGCACUGUCCCGGCGAGCAAGAUGAAGUGGAGGAGGAUCGCCAUCCUUGCCGCCCUCCAGGCACAGCUCCCAGCCACAGAUGCUACAUCAGUUCUUGGACUGACAGAUCCCAGACUCUGCUACUUACUGGAUGGAUUCCUCUUCCUCUACGCAGUCGUCAUGACAGCGCUGUUUGUGAAAGCCAAGCUUAGCCAGGCCUCUGAACCGCAGCUGAGACCAGGCCAGGAUGACACGUACAAUAAGCUGACUCGUGGGCACCGAGAUGACUACGACGUUCUGGGGGGGAAGCGAGGUGCAGACCCUGAGCUGGGCGGGAGACACCAGCAGAGAAGAAAGAAUCCCCAGGAAACUGUCUACAGUGCACUGCAGAAGGACAAGAUGGGUGAGGCCUACAGCGAAAUCGGAAUGAAGGGAGAGCAGCAGAGGCGGCGAGGCAAAGGCAAUGAAGGUCUCUACCAGGGACUCAGUGCAGCCACCAAGGACACUUAUGAUGCUCUUCAAAUGCAGGCUUUGCCCCCCCGCUAAGUGGGAGUCACAGAGGGGAUGGGCAAGAAGGAGAGAUGCCCACAGGCUCUGGGGGGAGAGGAGGAGAAGCCUUUUUCAUCCAACACAAGCACUGCGUGUUUUCUCCGUGCAAUGACCUGCUUUGGUUGGUGCACAGAGGGAGCGUGUCUGGAGUUGUCCAGUCCCUUCUCCCUUUCCUCCUGAAUCAUGCAACUGCAAGCUUUUGCUAUUAAAAUGUACAUAUCUGUAAAGUUGUUUCCAGUAAUAGUGGUUAUUAGGCUGAUUGUCUUUUUUUUUUUUUUGGUAAGGUUUGUGUUGUGGGACCGGACCACACCUUCUAACAAACACAGCUGUUUUCACAGCUCUUCCUUGCCUUGCAGGGGUACCAUGACAUGUAACUAUUGUUUCAUUGCAUUUAAACAACUUGUAAAGAUAGGGCUGUAGUUAUUUCCUGUGCUAUUUAUCUUAAGACUGACACUCUUUGCUUUAAAUUUGCCUUUAAAAAACUGCUUCAGUUUUUAAAAAAUUGCUCCAGAUUACUUGUUUUUCUUUAAUUGUAAAAAGUCACAUGAUGUUAGUGUAGUGCAGGACAGAGGCUGACUGGCAACAUUUCAACAUGAAGAAAAUGAGCACCAAGCUCCCAGAAAAGAUCAAGCAAUGGCACUGCCACUCAGCCAGCACUUGGAGCUAAAUAUGAGCCAGGUAAUCUGCACGAGAGACUUCUCAAAAGGCAGAAGAUGAUAACCCUGUUACAACGAAAACAAGGAGAAUGGACUCCCAUUAUCACUUCUGGGUAACAGAAACUGUAUAAAAGCCAACGUAAAUCCAGGUUCCAAACCAGUCUAUCAUCAGGUUACCUCUAAAAGAUGCAGCUGUGAUUCCAAAGAGGUUCUAGGUCAAUAAUGUAAUGUGCUUUUGAUGAAUUAAUAAAGGCAGUGGCAGCCCUGUGGGUGCAAGGAACAGCUGUGAGAACGGCCUGAACUCGUGACCUGCCACGUUCAGCCUGGCUGAACUGACCUGCACCCAGCAGCAUCAUCUCCCAGGGAGGCUGAAGAGGACAAUAUUCCAACAGGAGCUUCUAAACACGUCCUGAGCAGUGAGAUGGGGUUUUGGAAAAAAGCACUCAAGGGGCACUCACUUCCUGCUGCUGCAGCCUCAGUUUUGCCUGUGACUUCAAAGGCUGCACAAUGACACCUGCAAGAACUCAGCCAAGGACAAAACCAGCCCAGCAAAAUAAAGCCUGUUUUACCUCGGGUCAGGAGCUGACCAGCUCAUUUUGUCAGCCUUCACAGAAGAAGCAGAGCUAAAGCAAGACUGUGGGAACAAAAGUUCUGCCCGGAUGAAGUCACGUCUUCUUCUCAGGGACUGGGUGGGUUAGCAGCAGAAAAACUUGUUGAAGUUGCUGCUGUGCAAGUGAGAAGGUUGUUUUACAUCUUCAGCAGUAAAACUGUACCUGCAGUAGGUGCUUGUAGCUUUUAAAGAAUAUUUCCAAUAAAUUAGAGCAAAAAAAAA